AUGUUUUUCUCUUCGGGUUUUCCAUUUGACUCUAUGGGCGGACAACAACCCCGUAGAAAAAGAGAAGUAAACAAUUCAAAAUAUUAUGAAUCUUUGAAUUUAAAAAAAAAUUGCACAAUUGAUGAAAUAAAAAAAGCAUAUAGAAAACUAGCGAUAAUUCAUCAUCCCGAUAAAGGAGGUGAUCCUGAAAAAUUUAAAGAAAUAUCAAGAGCUUAUGAAGUUUUAUCAGAUGAAGAAAAAAGAAAAUUAUAUGACGAAUAUGGAGAAGAAGGAUUAGAAGGCGGUGAACAACCAACAGAUGCAACUGAUUUAUUUGAUUUUAUAUUAAAUGCUGGAAAAGGAAAAAAAAAAAGAGGAGAAGAUAUAGUUAGUGAAGUUAAAGUUACUCUUGAGCAAUUAUAUAAUGGUGCAACCAAAAAAUUAGCAAUAAGUAAAGAUGUUAUUUGCACAAAUUGUGAAGGACAUGGAGGCCCUAAAGAUGCAAAAGUUGAUUGUAAGCAAUGUAAUGGAAGGGGUACAAAAACAUAUAUGAGAUAUCAUUCUAGUGUUUUACAUCAAACUGAAGUAACUUGUAAUGGAUGCCGAGGAAAAGGAAAGAUUUUCAAUGAAAAAGAUAAAUGUGUUAAUUGUAAAGGUUUAUGUGUUCUAAAAACUAGAAAAAUUAUAGAAGUCUAUAUACCCAAAGGUGCCCCAAAUAAACAUAAAAUUAUUUUUAACGGCGAAGCAGAUGAAAAACCAAAUGUAAUAACAGGAAAUUUAGUUGUUAUAUUAAAUGAAAAACCACAUACAACUUUUAAAAGAGAGGGAGUUGAUUUGUUUAUGAGUUAUAAAAUUUCUUUAUAUGAAUCAUUAACAGGUUUUAUUGCAGAAAUUACACAUUUAGAUGAAAGGAAAAUAUUAAUUGAUUGUACUAAUGCAGGGCUUAUAAAACAUGGAGAUAUACGAGAAGUAUUAGAAGAAGGAAUGCCUACAUAUAAAGAUCCAUUUAAAAAAGGAAAUUUAUAUAUUACUUUUGAAGUUGAAUACCCUAUGGAUUUAGUAAUUACUAAAGAAAAAAAAGAAAUGCUUAAAAUUCUAAAAAAACAAAAUGAAGUAGAAAAAAAAUAUGAUAUUGAAAAUACUGAUUGUGAAGUAGUUACAUGUAAGCUAGUCGAUAAAGAAUACCUCAAACAAAGGCUUACAAUGCAACAACAACAACAACAACAAGAAGCAUAUGAUGAAGAUGGCCAUCAACCUGAAAUGGAAGGUGGACGUGUUGCGUGUGCUCAGCAAUAA